CUAUCUCAGACUGUGUUAACGUUUAUGUAAUAACAGCCACGCGAAAGCAUUUUUGGCCUCAUCACAAUAAAACAAAAUAAUAACGAUACGCUGUAAAAACAUGUUUAAAGCCGACACUUUGGUACAUGACGGCACCGCUACAUUACCGGGCUACAGUAGCUCGCUAACGGUGACGAGUCAGUCAGACCACAACUUACUUAGGUGUGUGUUGCCUGACAGCAGCGGUCAAACGCCACGUUUGUUCGACGCUAAUGAAAUAACGCAGGCGAACGUGAGCACCGUCGAUCAGCGCUGUCUGCCUGAUGAUAAUGACCUGACCAAUGGACCCCUGCAGUGCCUGCUCAGUGAGGGAGACACUUUUCGGGCUGGAUCAUGAAUGACAAACUGGUCUUCCUUGGCCUGCUCUACUUUGUUCAGGGCAUCCCCUAUGGUCUCCAGUCUUCUCUGCUUCCUGUCUACCUACGUGGAGCUGGUCACUCUCUCACCCGCAUUGGCUUCACCAAGAUACUGUACUUCCCCUGGGUGCUCAAGGUGCUCUGGGCCCCUUUGGUGGAUCGGCUGAGCACCAAGCGUCGCUGGUUGGUGGCCACAGUGUCUGGCCUGGCUCUGACAUGCCUCACCAGCGCUGCCCUGGCCCCAGAGGCGCAUAUCUGGGGCGUGGCCGGAUCCCUGUUAGCCAUGAACACCUUGGCCUCUGUCCAGGAUAUUGCUGUGGAUGGCGCUGCAGUGGGGCUGCUGAAAGGUCGAGGGGAGCUGGGUCUGGGCAACACGGCCCAAGUCGUAGGCUAUAAAGCCGGGUCUGUGUUUGCUGGCGGCGGGCUGCUCGCUGUCAUCGAUGUGGCUGGCUGGAGCUGGAUGUUUAUGCUGUUGACGUUUGUGUAUGCUGGUGUGGCCCUUUUUGUGUGGGGAGCCCCUGUGCUGGACGAUGAGUCUGUGAGGGGCCAGCAGGCAGAUGGCGGCAGGAAGGGAGGGCAAGGAGCCGAUGCAGUGAGGCCGUGGAGGCUGUGGAGGAAGCUGCUGGCAGUGCCCGGCACACCUUGGACCGUCCUGUAUGUGCUGACAUACAAACUGGGUGAGCAGGGAGCAGUGACCAUGUUUCCCCUUUUCCUGUUGGAUCAUCACAUGACCGCCAGGGAGCUUGGGUUCUGGAAUGGCGUUAUCGCUAUGGGCUUCUCCAUCUGCGGGUCGUCCCUGGGAGGCCUGCUGCUCGCACAGUUUAGCAUCGGGGCUCUGAUGCGCCGUGUGUUUGUGUUGCGAACCGUCAGCAUGGUGUUCCAGAGCUCUCUACUCACUGUGCUGGAACCAUCACCUCUCAUGAAAGGUAUGGCCGUGCUCAGCAUGAGUGCUCAACACUUCCUGGGCGGCCUCAUCACCACGCUCACCUUCACCACCAUGAUGCAUUGCACUCAGAGAGCCGAGGAAGGCAUUCAGGCGACCCACUACAGUUUUCUUGCCACUCUGGAGGUGCUGGGGAAGCUGACGUUCGGCGCCCUGGCCGGAGGCUUGGUGGAUUGGUUUGGUUUUCAAGUAGCCUUCCUCUUGUUCCUCACCCUCUCUGCGGGGACAGCCCUGCACGUAUGGACGGCUACGUUCACUGGUGCUCUCAGGGAACACCAGCUCAAGGAACAGCCAAAGUGAGACUGGGAUCCGGGUGACAGGUCCUGACAUGGGGCCGUUGCAGGUGCUGUAGAAGUAGGCACACACCUCAAUAGUCCUUGAAUGUCAUUAAAGAUAGCUCAUGACUUCACAGUCUUAAAUAAAUUCUCCUUGUUGUUCUGCCAUUCUUAGGAAAAGUCAGCCAUGUGUUUAAGUCAGUCAGUUCACUGGCUGAACAGCCUUAUGUUUAAUUUCAUUUUAUGCAUUUGAGAAUCUAUAAUAAUUUAUAGCCUUGAGAAAAAACAUGCACAUGUUGUAAGCAAGUAUGAGCCUGUUCAGUAUUGCUAUAUUGACGGGACUGGUAAAUCCAGUCUGCUGCACAGAGUUGAUAGAGCUAAUGUAGCGAGCAGUGACAGGCACUGUACUGUAGCUGUUCCGCAUCAAGAGUUGAGAAACGUAAUCAUAGCUGUUUUUUUACCAUCUCAGCCCUUUCACUGUUUUAAUAAACCAGCAAUAAGAGCUUUACCCAAAAGCAAAUUUGCUACUUCAUGAUGGUUGUUCUAGGGAAUUCUGCUGUCAACACGUUAAUACAUUAGCCAUUCACCUGAGUUAGUUUACAGUUGAUUCUGAUUGAUGACAGUUGAUGAGCACUGUACAGUACGAUACACACAGUAGCUGCACACAUUGAGUCAUAAUAGAUAAGACCUUAUUUUAUUGCUUUCAAAGAUGUCCUGGGAAAAUUAGAUACUUAAAAAUAUUCAUAAACAGCUGUCAAUCAUUACAGUCAAAAGGCUUGAUUCUGCGUCUUGAAAACCAAGGGUGACGCAGGUCAGACAAUAUGCAAACAAUCUGUGGUGUCAAGCAUCAGUCUGAUGUGAUAUAAGGUAGUUUAAAGUCAUGACUUUUUAGGAUUACGAUAUUUGUGUAUUUAAUAUUUUGUACAUUUCCUAUUUUUCCUCUAAACAGCAAAAUAUAAGUAAGGUGGAAAAUAAUCCAAACAAAUUAAUAGUUUGUUUGGAAUAAAUAAUAAGCCCCUGGAAAAUAAAGAGCUACUAAUAUAUACGUCCCUGUAGAAUUAAAUAGGCUGACUGUUACAGUUGCUUGCACACUGCAUGGUGCCACCUUGUCUUCAUUUCCAUCAUAGAAUCAGCUUAACUGGAUAAAUCUUAAAAGACCAAAACCACAUGGCAACUGCACUUCCCGGUGAUGUAUCAUGUUUGUGUUUGUGUUACAAUGUCAAAUGCACAACAAUAUGUACAAUGAAACAUACUUCAAUGCCAAUGGUACUGUAGACUACUGAAGAAAAUAAACCGCCUAAGAAGGCUUCAAAUAUAAA